CUGCUACCUACCUACAUCAUUUACUCUUCGGAAGAGAGAGAACAACAUAGCAAAAAAGUGCUAGAAUAGAAUAAAAAUAUUCAACUACAUCUUGUUAUCAGUUUUGGUGCCAGUAUUUAUUAACAAAUCGGGUGUUCGAUGAUUCAUUGUUCGUGAACUUCGUGAAGCUCAGACUGUGUAAUGUUGCAAGCUAUCGGGUUGCUGGUGCUGACCGGGGCGCUGUGGGGCUGCACCAACCCCUUCAUCAGGCGAGGCACCAAGGGACUGCGCGGCGUUCACUCCAAAACUAGAUUGGGUCAGGUGUACGCUGAGAUCGUCUUCCUCCUGGGGAAUUGGCGCUACGUGGUGCCCUGGCUGGUGAACCAGCUGGGCGGGCUGGCGUACCUCGCGGCCGUGCAGCGCGCGCCGCUAUCGCUGGCGGUGCCGACGGCCAAUGGCCUCGCGUUCGCGUUCACCGCCGUCGUCGGCGCGGCCGUCGGCGCUGAGGAGCCUUUGGACAAGUGGUCAGUAGCGGGUGUGGCGUUGAUCGUGGCCGGCACUGCGCUGUGUUGUCUGGACAAAGCCAGCUGAUAAAGCCUAGUGUAAGAUAUUUAUUUAAUUAUAUUUUUGAUUUAACGGCACAAUUAAAAUAUAAAUUUAUAAUGCCCACUCACACUAUCGCGAACCAGUUUGCCGAAUUUGGCGGAUUCGCCACAGAUUGCUGGUGUUUCAUUGUGGUAAAUAAAAGCAGUCACACAAAGAACGCAAUGUUUAUGAAUUUGCGACUCGGAUGCCGAGAGUUCGGCGAUAUUUUGUAGCCGGCCUAAUGUAAUGACUUAUUGUGAGAAAAUUAAAGUACUUAGUACAGCUAUUUUAAAUGUGCUUACGUGAUUUUGCUUAAUGCCAUCUACAUCAAAUGCAGCUUCAUGACAGCUGAAAACCUUUUUGGUCGUAUACAAUUUUUGUGAAAUGUGUUUUAUGUAUAUUGCAUAUUUUAUGCACCAAAUAAAUUAUGUACCUAUAUUUAAAUAAUUACUGUUAUUUAAAUGGCUAACUCGAUCUAUGUGAUUAUAUAUUUAACUAUCUUUUGCUCGUGGCUUCGGCCGCGGCUCCGCCCUCUUUUAUUUCGUGUCCGCCCUCUUUUAUAAGCAACGUAUCAAAAUCCGUACAACUGUUAAAAUCGCAUCAAAUUCCAUCCGUUAGUUGUUACGUUAUGCGCGAACAAACAUAGCACUUACAGUUUUAUUAUAUGUAUAGAUAUAUCCUUAUGUAUUUGGUUAUUUAUUUCUACAUAUAAUUUCGAAAAUCUAAGCGCGCGGCUGUUUUGUGUGCCAUGAACGCCGCGAACAUCGCAUGCGCAUUGCGAACACCAUUUCAAAAGGAAAGCAAGGAAAGACAUUUGUGAUUCCGGAAAUUUACAAAAUUUUUGAUGUCGUUGUUUGUUUGUUUAAUACUAAAUAUCUAUAGAAAUAAAACGAACAAAGUCGAAUGUGAUUACUUUAUGUCCUCUAAUACAUUCCACAUGGUGUUAUACAAUGCCACACUUGCAUCCACCUCGUUGUUUCGACUUAUCAUAAAUAAUGUUUAAAUUAAUAGAAAUUGAAUCACACAAAGAAAUUGAACAAAAUUCAUCUAAAUUAAAAAAAUCAUCGAAACUAUUUUUAAAGCAUAAUUUGAUAAUAAUUAAUUUUUUUUUUUUCAUUAAUCAAUAGUAUUCUAUUUUUUUGUUAAAUCUUAUGUUUUGAAGACCAACGUAAAUGUAGUUAUGUAAGUAACUCUGUCAUCUCUCUCUCCCAGCUAUUUCUGGACUCAAGAAACAAGCGAAGACGAAAGAGAGAGUUUGGAAAAUAAAUAAACUGAAGUUAAAGUUA